AUGCAAGUCAACCUCUUCAAAAUCCUCGCUAUCACUGCUGCGUUUUCCACGGUGCAGUCCGCCCCAGUAGAGACUGCUGAGGGCCAGGUUACCCGAGAGCAGGUCAACGAGACUCAUGUCAACGAGGCUGUUGUCGAUGAUGCGUUUAUUUGCAUCCUCACCAUUGGCCUGCCAAUCCUAGUCUACUUGGUUGAAAUGACAUCAUCGAACUUAUCAUCUAUCCAGCUGGCAAAGAAUAACUUGGGGCUCUGCCUGCUAGCUCUAAAUAAGAUGCAAAAGGCUUAUUUCUCUGCCAAUGCGGCGUAUAAGCUAUUCGACCGCGCUAGGACCAUGGUCGAGAAAAGGCUUCGAGAAGCUGAGGUCGUUUCACGAGACCCAACAGUUUCACCAGAAACGCAGGGACUUGAGACUGCGCAGUGGCUUGAUGACUCCGAGGACUAUGAUUUCGCAUCGACGGGGAUGUUAUCGGCGUCUUGGACACCAUUCGCCAAUUUCAUACCCGAUGACUCCUUCAGAAAUUCUUUCUAG